GCUUGUACAGCUGGCGGUUUGCGCAGAGAGCGCCUGGCGGACGUAAUUGGCUCUUAAGGUGGACCGCUGGCCCCGCGGGUUGGACGCGUCUCGUUGGCGCGACUUGGACGUCUUUGCUUCUGCGUUAUCUUCGUUUAUCUUCGGAUAGACGGCGAAGACGGGACCCCGCCGGAUCCGGUGCAGCCGUUAUAAGCUCGCCAAACUGCCGUUAGAAGCUGAGAUGAUGGAGAGGUCAAGACGCCCGCAACAGUUGGCUCUCGGCCUUCUGUUCUGGGUUUGGCUGCCUUCCUGCCUCGCACAGACCACACCGUCGACUGCGACCACCACCCCGGCCACCACCCCGGCCACCGCCACGCGCACCCCCCAGCCCCAGAGCGAGCGUCUGAGGUUCAGACUGGCGGGAUACCCGCGUAAACACAACGAGGGGCGGAUCGAGAUUUUCUACAAGGGCGAGUGGGGCACCAUCUGUGAUGACGACUUCUCCCUGACGAAUGCCAACGUGCUCUGCCGCCAACUGGGCUUUGUCUCAGCCACGGGUUGGACCCACAGUGCCAAAUACGGCAAGGGCCAAGGGAAAAUCUGGCUGGACAACGUGCUGUGCAACGGAGGUGAGAAGAGCAUCGAGUUGUGUAAGUCUCGCGGCUGGGGCAACAGCGACUGCACUCACGAUGAGGAUGCAGGGGUGGUGUGCAAGGAUGAGCGGAUCCCCGGCUUUGUGGACUCCAAUGUCAUCGAUGCGAAUGUUGUGGAGGAGAACAGCGUCGAGGAGGUGCGCCUGAAGCCCGUGGUCGCCAUGGCCAAAAAGAAGAUGCCCAUCUCGGAGGGCGUGGUGGAGGUGAAGCACAAAGACGGUUGGGUGCAGAUCUGCGACCUCGGGUGGACGGUCAAAAACACACGCGUGGUCUGUGGCAUGUUGGGAUUCCCACACGAGAGGAAGGUCAACAAGAACUUCUACAAGCUGUACUCAGAGCGUCAGAAGCAUCAUUACCACAUCCACUCGGUGGCCUGCACAGGCACAGAGGUCCACCUGGCAGCCUGCCCCCUGGAGUUCACCAAGCCCAACGCCACCACCACCUGCCAGGGCGGCAUGCCGGCCGUGGUCAGCUGUAUAGCAGGGCCGCUGUUCACGCAAAGCAGCAGCUUAAAGAAGAAAAUGAAAACUGCGACCAACUUGAGACUGAAGGGCGGUGCCAAGAUCGGGGAAGGCCGUGUGGAGGUGCUGAAGGAUAAUGAGUGGGGGACGGUAUGCGAUGACCGCUGGAGCCUCCAGUCAGCCAGCGUGGUCUGCAGGGAGCUGGGCUUUGGCAGUGCCAAGGAGGCCCUUACCGGAGCCCGCAUGGGACAAGGAAUGGGCCCAAUCUACAUGAAUGAGGUGAAGUGUCUAGGUCAUGAGCGGUCCAUAUGGAAUUGUCCCUAUAAGAACAUCACAGCAGAGGACUGUAAGCACAUGGAGGAUGCCGGCGUGAGGUGCAACAUACCCUACAUGGGAGUCGAGACCUCGAUCCGUAUCACAGGAGGACGCACUCGCUACGAGGGCCGCGUGGAGGUGAUGGGCACGGACUCCAACGGGACCCGGAGUUGGGGCCUGAUCUGUGGAGAGGACUGGGGCACCAAGGAGGCCAUGGUGGCCUGCCGGCAGUUGGGCUUGGGCUACGCUAACCAUGGCAUGAAAAUCCGGAUAGCGGGCGGCCGGACCACUUAUGAGGGCCGGGUGGAGGUUCAGGUUGGGUCCAGGUGGGGCACAGUGUGCAGCACAGGCUGGACCACCAAGGAAGCCAUGGUGGUUUGCAGGCAGCUAGGGCUGGGCUACUCCAUGCAUGCCAUCACUGAAACCUGGUACUGGGACAGCAGCAACGUGACGGAGAUGAUCCUGAGCGGGGUGAAGUGCAGUGGAAACGAGAUGAUGCUGAGUCAGUGCCAGCACCACAAAACCGUCACCUGUCAGAGGGCGGCGGCCAAGUUCGCCGCCGGGGUCAUCUGUUCCGAAACUGCAUCUGACCUGGUCCUGAAUGCCCCGCUGGUCCAGCAGACGGUCUACAUUGAGGACCGGCCGCUGCACAUGUUGUACUGCGCUGCCGAGGAGGACUGCCUGUCUAAAUCCGCCGCCAGUGCCAACUGGCCCUACGGACACCGACGCCUGCUCCGCUUCUCCUCCCAGAUCCACAACAUCGGCCGGGCUGACUUCAGACCCAAGGCUGGACGGCACUCCUGGGUCUGGCACGCCUGCCAUGGCCACUAUCACAGCAUGGAUAUCUUCACCCAUUAUGAUCUGCUGAGCGCUAACGGGAGCAAAGUGGCCGAGGGACACAAAGCCAGCUUCUGUCUGGAGGACACAGACUGUGAUGAGGGUGUCUCUAAGAGGUAUGAGUGCGCCAACUUUGGUGAGCAAGGCAUCACCGUGGGAUGCUGGGAUUUGUACCGCCACGACAUCGACUGCCAGUGGAUCGACAUCACAGACGUCAAGCCUGGAAACUACAUCCUACAGAUUGUGAUAAAUCCAAAUUUUGAAGUGGCUGAAAGUGACUUCACCAAUAACGCCAUGAAGUGCAACUGCAAGUAUGACGGUCACCGUAUCUGGCUCCAUAACUGCCAUAUAGGAGACGCCUUCAGCGAGGAGGCCGAGAGACGGUUUGAGAAGUACCCCGGGCAGCUGAACAACCAGAUCUCCUAAUCACCGCACCAGCGACCCAGCCUCCUCGCACCACGGGGGUCAGUCAGCACGGGCUUUGAACAUAGAAACUAAAUGUGUCGCUCCCGAGAAGUGAGCCGCCAAACCACCCGGCCAGCUUCCCUUUGUGUAUCUGCCCGUCGUUUCCCAGUAGGAGUCAUAAAACCCGUCCUAGUAUUAUUGUCUAACGGCGCGCGUGGCGCGCCUCUGAGUUGUUAUACUUGAAUAUUCGAGUGCUAUUCAUGUUUUUGUUUUGUUUUUUACUUGUUCAAAUUGUGAGCGAACGCUACAGCUUGUUACACAAUAGGAAUAAACACAUUUUUUUUGUUUUUGUAUGACUGUUGUCAAACGUACAGCCUGCUAAUCGAAUGUUCCGGUUCUGAGAUGUGAACACACAUAGACAGCUCGUAUGUCAUUUCCAUUGUACUCUUUAUUCUAUUUUUUAUAGACACGUUUUAUUGUACGAGAGGCGAACAGGUUUAGAACUGCACCCCUGUCCGAGAGGCGAACAGGUUUAGAACUGCACCCCUGUCCGAGAGGCGAACAGGUUUAGAACUGCACCCCUGUCCGAGAGGCGAACAGGUUUAGAACUGCACCCCUGUCCGAGAGGCGAGCAGGUUUAGAACUGCACCCCUGUCCGAGAGGCGAACAGGUUUAGAACUGCACCCCUGUCCGAGAGGCGAACAGGUUUAGAACUGCACCCCUGUCCGAGAGGCGAACAGGUUUAGAACUGCACCCCUGUCUGAGAGGUGAACAGGUUUAGAACUGCACCCCUGUCCGAGAGGUGAACAGGUUUAGAACUGCACCCCUGUCCGAGAGGCGAACAGGUUUAGAACUGCACCCCUGUCUGAGAGGUGAACAGGUUUAGAACUGCACCCCUGUCCGAGAGGUGAACAGGUUUAGAACUGCACCCCUGCCCGAGAGGUGAACAGGUUUAGAACUGCACCCCUGCCCGAGAGGUGAACAGGUUUAGAACUGCACCCCUGACCGAGAGGUGAACAGGUUUAGAACUGCACCCCUGCCCUUGUUGGUACAGUCAGCAGCGGAGCACAGCGGGUGAAUUCUCUGGCCGACCAUUAACACGAGUUCACACCGGGCGAGCUGAGCGGGACCGGCCCGUUAGCACGGCGUUCCAGCUCUGGACCCCCCCCCCCCCCGCUGCCCAGUCCGUCACGUGGAGGCCACGGAGGAACUCCACGUGGGAGGACUCCGCGCGGAAGGACUCGCGGCGUGCCUGCGCGUGGCAGCGGGAAGACCUGCCUCCACUCACACAAUCGUUUAUGUUGUAAAUGUAUUUAUUGCCGAUAUCAGGGUGCUCGAGGACAAUAGCGACCGAAGAACGCUUGUCUCCUUCGUCACGAUGGUAACAACGUUUGCUCGCCGCCGCCGCCGUCGUGUUCGCGUCCCGUCUGCUCCUGUCGCGCGAGCGCUUUUCCAUCUCUGCGAGCUGCCGGCUCCAGGGCCGUGACGUGGACGACUUUGGGCAACAGCGAAACCCCCCAAAACGCCCUCCGGACUUGCUGUAUGUAUGCCGAGCUUAACCAAAUAUGCUGCACCAAAUAAAUAAAACAAGUCAAGAAAUAACGUAUCGAAAUGUUGUUCAUUAGAAAGGACAUGGGUUGUUUGGAGCCACGAUUUGCCCUCAGUGCCAUCUACAUAUCUGAUACUGUCACGUGGAAACUUUGGCAGUUGAUUUAUACUAAAAGUUCGCCAGUUCGAAUCCCCCUGUUACCCUCCGGCUUGGUCGGGCGUCCCUACAGGCACAAUUGGCCGUGUCUGCGGGUGGGAAGCCGGAUGUGGGUAUGUGUCCUGGUCGCUGCACUAGCGCCUCCUCCGGUCGGUCGGGGCGCC